GGUUAGCUAUAAUUUGUUGUAAGCUUGGGGAAACAGGACUUGAUGAUUUUAGAGUAGACUUACGAUUUUUCUUUGAAGUUUGAAUAAGCCAGUCAGAAUCAGUCAUGGUUUAUACACAAAGAAGUUUUGUUGAAAUUAAACAAUACACUCAGUAUAUUUAAUUGAAUUUAUGCAGAAGUUUGGAUAUUUGGAUCAAACAGGACCUCAAUCUUUAAUAGCAGAAGAUGCAUUGGUUAUUGCUUUAAAACUAACUCAGAAGUUUGGUGGAUUAGAACAAACAGGAAUAUUUGAUAAUAACACACAAAAGUUAAUCAAAUCAAAACGGUGUGGUGUUCUUGAUAUACCUCCAAAACAAAAUAAUAUCAAAAAAAAAAGAUUUGCUAUACCUUCAAAUGGUUGGAACAAACGAUAUCUUACUUAUUAUGUAUCAAAUUAUACUCCAAAAUUAUCACCUGAAAACAUUAAAAAUGAAAUUCAAAGAGCAUUUAGAAUAUGGAGUCAAUAUAGUAGACUUAAUUUUUUGGAAGUAUAUAAUACUAAUGCUGAUAUUGUGAUUUCUUUUGGAGAGUUUGAUCAUGGUGAUAAGUUUCCUUUUGAUGGUCCAGGUAAUACCCUCGCUCAUGCAUUUUAUCCAACGGACCUAGGUAUUUUAGGUGGGGAUAUACAUUUUGAUAACAGUGAAGAUUGGACAUUAUAUAAAUCUGACAGUGGUGUUGAUUUUUACUCAGUGGCUAUUCAUGAAAUGGGUCAUAGUCUUGGAUUGGGACAUUCGGCUGAAUCUAACUCUAUAAUGAAUCCUUAUUAUAAAGGUCCACAACCCCAAGAUAUCGGAUAUGACGAUAUAUUAGGAAUUCAUUCAUUAUACAUUGCUAGAACAUUACCUGAAGAUAAUUUGUAUUUUUCAUCUUCAACUUCUCUACCGCAUCGUAAUUUACCUAGAAACCCGCAUGUUCAUUGGUCAUCAUUUAGUCAUGAAACAUGUACUGAUGAAGACAUUGUAACACCAGAAUCUUUUACUACUAAUAAACCUGAAAUUUCAACUCAAAUAUAUGAUGAAAUAGAUAAGUGCAAUGGUAAUUUUGAUGCUGUUUCAUGUUUUCGAGGAGAAAUUUUUGUGUUUAAGAAUAACCUCUUAUGGAGACUGGAUAAGCCAGGAUCAAUUUUACCACGAUAUCCUGUUCAAUUAUUAAGGUUUUUCCAAGUAUUGGCUGAUCAUGAUCACAGUAUUGUUAAAAUUGAUGCAGCAUAUGAAAGACCAGACUCAAAUAUUGUAAUGUUUAAUGGUGAUAAAUAUUAUGUUUUCAAUGGAAACCAUUUAAUAGAAAAUAGUCCUAGAUCCUUAAUGGAUUAUGGAUUCCCAGGUUUUGUUAAAAAAGUUAAUGGAGUUGCGGUUUUCGGAGAACCACCGUUGACUUAUCUUUUUAGCGGAGAAUAUUUUUGGAUAUAUGAUGAUCGACAAAAAGUACUAUUGCAAAGACACAAAUCAAUUAAGGAGCAUUUUAAAGGAAUAAGAACACCAAUAGAUGAUGUCCUUACAUUAAAUCAUGGAGAUGUAUAUUUCUUUAGUGGGAAUCAGUUUUGGAAAUUUAACCAUAAUAACAACAGGACAGAAUAUGGAUAUCCAAAAAAUGCAGCAAAUUUUUUAUUUGGUUGUAAUUCAUAAUACAUACCUAUUUAUAUUUUUUUAUA